AUGGCUUACCCGUUGGGUGGAAAUCCCAAGCGAGGGAGGCUUCGAAAGAAAAGCCAUCUCACUCCAAUCAAGUGUCGUACAUGGAGAAGUCAGAUGCGAAUUCAGGACGAUCAAGAUAGCGUCACCAAGAAGCUUCUUUCUCACCCGAAAGAGCACGAGGACGAAAGAAGAAGGCUGAGACGAGGCACAUCGAUGAUCAAUUGCAUGUCCGACUUUCCCAUCUCGAGGCGAUGUACAAAGAAGCUACAGGAAGGCAAGGAGGCCAAAAAUUGGCAGAAACCCGAUGUUUUCUCAUAUAAUGCCAUUAUAGAUACUCUUUGUAAAGGAGGUUUACUUGAUCAAGCUUUGGUUCUCUUCACUGAAAUGCUUCACGACUCCAAUGUUGUACCCGAUGUGGUUGCUUACACUAUUCUGAUUAACGGGUUUGGCAAUUCGGGCCGGCUGAAGGAAGCAAAGAGCUUCUUUGACGAGAUGGUUAGUAGAGGAAUCUCUGCAAAUCUAACAACUUACAAUUCUAUGAUUCAUGGUCAUUGUGUACGCGCUCAACAGGAGGAAGCAAGAAGAUAUUUUGAUGAAAUGAUGGAUCGUGGGAUUUCACCAGAUACAGUAACUUUUAAUAUCUUAGUAGAUUCACAUUGUAAAGAUGGGAUGACGGAAGAUGCUUGGGGGUUAUUCGAACUAAUGGUGAAGAUAAACAUACAACCGAAUCGGAUUACUUAUAAUUCAUUGAUGGAUGGCCUGUGUUUAGUAGGUCGUUUGCAAGAUGCGGUGAAAGUGUUUGACUCGAUGGUUGAUAAGGGCCUUGAACCGAAUGAGUUUAGUUGGAAUAUAUUAAUUGAUGGGUGCUGCAAGAAUCGUCAGUUGGAUGGAGCUAUGCAGCUAUUUAAGAAAAUGAAACAAAAUGGAUUGAAACCCACAACAAUUACCUACAGUGUACUAUUAAGGGGACUAUACCGAGAUGGAAGAGUUAGGGCUGCAGGGAAUUUGUUUAAUGAGAUGCAAACUUUUGGUUUAUCUCUAAAUGAAGUUACAUAUGCUACAUUGUUGGAUGGACUCUGCAAUAAUGGAAAAAUUGACGAAGCAGUAGAUUUGUUUGGGUCCCUGGAAACUACUGGUAACUUAAUUAACAUUUUCAUGUACAGCAUUCUUAUUCAUGGUUUGUUUCAGGCUGGCAAGCUGGAAGAUGCUAGAAAGCUGUUUGAUAAAAUUCCAAGAAAUCUGGAACUAUUGAGUUGUACAGGAGCAAUUAGCCAUCCAACACCAUGGUCUAAGAGCAAGCACUUGGCUUUUUACAAUGCAGAAUACAAGUGUCAUGCAGCAGCAGUGUAUUGGAAUUCUCAAUUACAAGUUCAUGCAAAAAGCAGCAUUCAUCAAAUAUUACAAAUCUGCUUGUUAGAUUCAAGGUAUGUAAAUUUUACCCACUGUUGGCGUAGACUACUCAUGACUUGUGCUGCAGGAUACGGGUUUAUAGUCAGAAGAAGCAGUGGUGAAUAUAUGAUAUCUGUUGCAUGUGAUCUGGGCGUGGCAACAAAUAAAUUUGCAGAGAUAAUAGCAGUAUUAUGUGCAGGUGAAUGGGCAGUCUUGAAUCAGUAUCAUCUGAUUCUAAAGGCUGCUAGUGGUAACUGGGAACCACCCUGGUUUGCAGUUUCAAAAUUGAAUAAAAUUUGUGAGAGUCUGACAGAGAUUGAACUUUACGGAGAGACAAGCCAGCUAAGAAGGGUGGAAGUUUAG